AUGGGCCCAAAAAAAGGAAAGAAGAAGGUUGUCUAAGUUCUUGGUAAUAAGUUUUCAUAAUAGCUAGGAGCCAAGCAAGAUAAUGAUGAAUAUGAUGAUAACACAACAUUAAAUACAUCUAUGCAAAGCUUAGAUAACUAGUCAUUGAAUCAGUCAGUAGAUUACAGUCAAAACCCUAAUGAGACUUAAUCAAAUGAGGAAUCUAAAUCUAUCACAACAAAUAAUAGUAGUUCUCAAUAAGAUUAGAAAUCUAAUACGCAUAAGUAAAAUAAUGUUGCUUAAGAUCAAAAUGGCAGCAAUCAAGAAGAGGAGAAACAAAUAAAUAAAUCGAAAUCAACUACUAGUGAAAAGUAGUAAGAAGAGACUAAGAAUACCUAGUAGCAACAAGUUGAGAGUGAAUAGAAAAAAUAGGAAGAUGAAACAGCUAGAUUAAAAGAAGAAUAGGCUAAGAAAUAAGCGUAGGAGCAGGCUGAGUUAGAGUAGAAACAAAGAGAAGAAUAAAUAAAGAAAGAGUAGGAAGAGCAGAAAAGGUUGUAGGAAGAGUAAGCUGAGAAAUAAAAAUUGGAGGACGAAAAAAGAAGAAAGCUUGAAGAGGAAGAGCAUCAACGUAAAUUGAAAGAAGAAGAAGAAAUAAGGUUAAAGCAUGAAUAGGAAGAAAAGGAAAGAAAACUUAAGGAGGAGGAUUUAGAAAGAUAAAGACUUAAAUAUGAGGAAGAGGAGUAAGAGAGAAUUAGGUAGCAAUAAUUAAAAGAAGAGGAAGAUGCUCGUCUUUUAAAGUUAAAACAGGAGGAGGAAGAUAAAAAGAGAAAAGAAGAAGAAGAGAGAAUAAGAUUGGAAUAAGAAGCUCUAAGGAAAAAGCAAGAGGAGGAAGAGAGAUUAAGAUAAGAAGAGGAAGCUCGUAAGAUUCGCGAAUAAGAAGAAUAAGCUGCUAGGGAAAGGGAAAGAUAGAGAAUUGCUAAAGAGGAGGCUGAAAAGAAAAGUAAAUAGGAAGAAGAGGAAGAAGAGAGGUAGAGAUUGGAGGAGGAAAGAAUUAUAAGAGAAUAUGAGAAAAAGAGACUAAUAGAGGAGGAAGAACAAAGAAGGAAAUUGGAGCAAGAAAGAAAUCGUUAGAUAGCAGAAGAAAGGGAUAGAAUAUCAAAACACGUCGAAUAAUUGAAUACUUCACUAUCUGAAUUUGAAAAAAGAUUAGAUGAGUUAGAUGAUUCAUCUUAUCUUGAAUACUCAAAGGUAAAACUUCUAGACGAGGCAUUGAAAGAACUCAGAUAAAAAGUAGUAAUUCAAGAGAAUAAAUUUGGUGAGUUUCAAUAUAACACUGAUUUUAAUGACCAACUUAUUGAUUUACUUGUUGCCAAAUCAUCUACUGAGUAGAAGAUACAUGAAUGCUAGCCCAGAAUUGAUAAGAGAAACAAAGAUAUUGAAUAACUAUUAUCAAAUCGUCGCAGAGAAGAGUAACUGCUGCUAGAUGAUGCUGAAAAGCUUAAAACUCAAGGUAAUUAUGAGCAAGCUAUUAAAGUCAUCAGCAAAGUACUCUAUGACAAUCAACCACAAAAGGAAGCUUUACUUGGCAAAAUUCUCGAAGAAAAGAAACUUAGAGAAGAGGAACGUGAGCGACAAGCCAAGGAAGAAGAGGAAAGAAGAGUUAAACUAGAGUAGGAGCGAUUGAAACAAGAGGAAGAGAGAAAGAAGAAGCUAGAAGAGGAAAUAUAAAAAUAAAGAAGAUAAGCUGAAGAAAAAUUAAGAUUAGAGUAGGAAGAAAGAGAUAGAUAAAGAGAAAUAGAGAGAAAAUAAAAAGAGGUAGAAUAGAAGAGAAGAAUUGAAGCAGAGGCUGAAGUAUAAAACAGUCUCAGACUCUCUCAAGAAUAGCCACAAGUCAAGGGAUUGAUCUCUUUGUCAUAGAAUAAUAAUGAAGUAGAAACUCAGGAUGAAGCUCAAUAGGAGAAAUAAGAUACUAGCAUAAACUCGGACAGGUAAACAAAUGAGGAAAGAAGAGGAGGAGGUUCUAGUCCUAUCAUAAAAAUCGUGCUUAGUGCUGCAGUUAUCGUCAUCGGAGGAUUUAUAUAUAGAUAGUUGGCUCAAAGAAGAUUUUGA